UUCAUUACUCUCUGCAGUGAGGAGGAGCCUAGUUCUCAAAUCCUCUUAUUGUGAUGUGCAUAAGUCAGCCAGCGUGUUCUUUCUAGGGUAUAGGCUUUACAAGAAUUGUGUCUUCUUGCUGUGGAUGGAGAGCACACAUAGUUCUUUUUCUUCCACCAUGUUCCACUGAGUGCUGUUGGAGAAAGUGUGUUUUGUACCUGGGGCACUGGCUUCACUGCAAAGUCUGUUAAGAAAGGGAUGUCACGCCCAGCCACAGACCAUGUUAUGGAUCCACUGACAUUCAAGGAUGUGUCCAUAGACUUCUCCCAGGAGGAAUGGGAAUGCCUGGACUCUGCUCAGAGGGCUUUGUACAGGGAGUUAAUGUUGGAGAACUACAGCAAUCUGGUGUCUAUAGGUCUUGCUGUGUGUAAGCCUGUUCUGGUCUCCUGUCUGGAGCAAAGCAAAGAGCCCUGCAAUGUGAAGAGAGGGGAUACUGUAGCCAAGCAGAACUCAACUCUUAGAAGACAUCAGAGGAUGUAUAAUGUAGAGAAACCCUACAGAUGUGAAGAAUGUGGCAAGUCGUUUAGCCAAUUGUCAAGUCUUAUAACACAUCAGCGAAUACAUAGUGGAGAGAAACCCUACAGAUGUGAAGAAUGUGGCAAGUCCUUUAGUCGAAUGUCACAGCUUAGAGAACAUCAGCGAAUACACACGGGAGAGAAACCCUACAGAUGUGAAGAAUGUGCCAAGGCCUUUACUCAUAUGUCAACAUUUCACUUACAUCAGCGAAUGCAUACAGGAGAGAAACCCUACAAUUGUGAAGAAUGUGGCAAGUCCUUUAUUAAAUGGUCAAAUCUUAGAUCACAUCAGCGAAUACAUACUGGAGAGAAGCCCUACAGAUGUGAAGAAUGUGGCAAGUCCUUUAGUCAGUUAUCAAGUCUUAGAACACAUCAGCGAAUACAUAGUGGAGAGAAACCCUACAGAUGUGAAGAAUGUGGCAAGUCCUUUCGUCAGUGGACAAGUCUUAGAGCACAUCAGCGAAUACAUACAGGAGAGAAACCCUACAGAUGUGAAGAAUGUGGCAAGUCCUUUAGUCAAAUAUCACAACUUAGAGCACAUCAACGAAUACAUACUGGAGAGAAACCCUACAGAUGUGAAGAAUGUGCCAAGGCCUUUACUCAUUUGUCAACAUUUCAAUUACAUCAGCGAAUGCAUACAGGAGAGAAACCCUACAGAUGUGAAGAAUGUGGCAAGUCCUUUAGUAAAUGCUCAAAUCUUAGAGCACAUCAGCGAAUACAUACCGGAGAGAAACCCUACAGAUGUGAAGAAUGUGACAAGUCCUUUAGUGAAAUAUUAGUUCUUAGAGUACAUCAACGAAUACAUACUGGAGAGAAACCCUACAGAUGUGAAGAAUGCGGCAAGUCCUUUAGUCAAUGUUCAAGUCUUAGAGCACAUCAGCGAAUACAUACUGGAGAGAAACCCUACAAAUGCGAAGAAUGUGUCAAGUCCUUUCGUCAAAUGUCACAUCUUAGAAGACAUCAGCAAAUACAUACUGUAGAGAAACCUUAUAGAUUUGAAGAAUGUGGCAAGUCCUUUGGUCGAAUAUCACAUCUUAGGAGACAUCAGUAAUUACAUAAUGGAGAGAAACCCUACAGAUGUGAUGAAUGUGACAAGUCCUUUAUGGUGAUCUCAGCUUAUAAGACACAUAAGAGAAUUCAUAUUGGAGAGAAUCCCUACAAAUGUGAAGAAUGUAAGAAGCCCUUUUAAAAAUAUAGCUCAUGUUAGAGCACAUCAUAUAAUUCAUACAUGAAAGAAACCCUACAAACAUAAAGCACGUAACAAGUCCUUUAGUUGUGUCAUAUUUAAUCUUGCAUCAGAGAAUUCAUACUGGAAAGUAACCAUUCUGAUAAGAUGAAUUUGACAGACUGAGAGCUCAGCACAUAGAAGACAUCGGAGAAUUCUUCCUGGAGAGAAACCUCACAAAUGAAAAGGUUUUGAGAAGUCCAUUGUUUUUCAACUCUUAGAGAACAUUAAAGAAGUACAGCAAAGGCAGACACUGCAAUAUAAGGAAUGUGGCAAUUUUUUAAAUCAUAUGUCAAAUGGCAGCAGUUAUCAAAAACUCAUACUAAAGAGAUAGUUUACAAUUGUUCAGAAUGUGGUACAUCCUUUACCCCAAACUCAAUCCUUAGAAUAAAAAAUAGAAUCUCUACUAAAGGGAUAUGUCUAAAAGUUUGGAAAAUGUUGGAACACAUAUUUAUAUAUUACAAAACUUCAUAGUGUACUGAAGGAAAAUUUAUAAUUAAGUACAAAAUUGCAAAAUCUCCAAAGUUUAUUUUUAAUUCAUAUUUGUGAGAAACUAGCAACAUAAAAAAAUGUGAGAAAGCAUUCACUUUGCCAUACAGUCAUGUUGCAUAUAACAGAAUCCUUAUGUAUAGAAAAUCUACAGAUAAAUAUCAUGUCAGCCACAAUUUACAAAGGGCUCUUCUCUUAGAAAACAUCAGGGAUUUCAUAGUGAACAGGAACCUCACAGAAUUCAAAGACUAAUACCUCAUUAUUUGCUGUCAGAGAAUACACUGUGUUAAUAAAGCACCUAAGUAUCAAUGAAUUGCCACAUAUUCUCUCAAUAGCAUGUAUGUGAAAAUGUUAACACAUUUAAGUGACUUGGAAAAUCCUAAAGUGUAUGAAGUAGCAGUAUCUUAAUUUGCAUAUGAAAGGGGAAAAUAUUUAUCCAGAUAUCUUUUUAACAGUGGAAAUUCCAUAAUAAAAAGGCUACAACACAGUAGACUCACCAUAAUAUAAGUUAGAGUGUUAUAGAAAAUAUUUUAAAAAUUUAUGUCAAUUCUGUAUUUUCAUCAAAUGGUAUAUGACAUUUUGAUAGACAUGACUGUUUUAUUUACAAACAUUUGAAACCAUAGAUAAUUUUACCUUCAACUAAAUUUAUAUUUUCAUUGGGUAUGGUGGCUCAUGCCUAUAAUCCCAGGACUCGGGAGGCAGAGGCAGACAGAUCUCUGUGAGUUCAAAGCCAGGCUGGUGUUCAUUGUGAGUCUGGCAUCACCCAGGGCUACAGGAAGACUCUGUCUCAGCCAAAAUCCCCCCAAAUUCAUAUUUUCUAAUUUAUAAAGAUACUAUGAAAAUUUAUAAAAAUUUUUGACCCAGAGUUGAAGGGAUAUAUUUUCCUUCAAUGCGUUAGCAAUGCUUCAUUAGUUCCAAAUGUUCCUUGAAUAAUUCAUGGACAAGGAAACUUUGUCUUAGCAGAUUCUCUUAUUUUUUUAUGAGUGAGAAUGCAUUUUAGUGUGAUGUAUGUUUGGCAUAUUUCUACCAAAAUAUGAAAAGGAAAAUGGAAAUAGGAAAAGAAAAUGAGAAUCCUGAGUAUCUGAAAGCAAUCAUUUCCAAUGACUCAGGGGUGAGAAUGAUCUGUAAAGUAUAUUAAUUUAGUGCUGCAUAGCACAAUAGAAAGAAUGGUUAGAUGUUUUCAGUAUUACUUGAUGUGGUUAAAAACAGAAAAACAGACAAAUAAAAACUUAUCUUACAAUCUUUGGAUUUUAACAUUUUACUAUCCUAUUACAUUUUAGCCUAGGUCUUUGAAAAUGGCAGAUAAUGGUAAAAAUUGAAGACAUUGUCACCUAAAGUCCCAGUACAGCAGAGGCAGGCAAAUCUCUGUGAGUUUAAAGCCAGCCUGAUCUACAUAAUGAGUUCCAGGCAGGUGUGGCUACAGGGAGACAUUUUCUGCCAAGUCAGAAUCCUAUUGAUGGAAAGAUAAUUAAAGCUAUUAUAUAAGAUAUUGUGAUGGUUUGAAUGAAAAUGUCUCCCAUAGGUUCCACAUAGUUGGAUAUUUUGCCCCAGAUGAUGGCACUGUUUUUGGAGGUUUUAAAAGGUGUGGCUAUCCUGAAAGAAGCAGGUCACUGGGGGUGGGCUUAGCAAAUUCUUAAGCCUUGCCAGAUCUCCAGUUGC